AAAUAAUUUGGUCGACAACAAGUCUAUUCAAAAAAACAAAAUUCGUCGACAAGACGCGGAAAGAAGCAGUUUUUGGUCUUUACGAAGAAGAUUAUUUCGAUUGCUGGAAACUUGAAUUCCUCCUUAAAACCCUUUCUAUAAAGAAAAAACCGAAUAAUUUCAAGCAUUCAGAAUCCAGAGCUCCAAGAUUAUUCUCCAGUUAAAGCAAUCAUCUUUAAAACCGCGAUUUUUUUCAAAAAAAUCUUCACGAGAGAAUCUGUCUCUCGACAAUCACUUUGCUAUAUCGAAUUUUUAGUAAUGAAAUCUUCGAGAUUAAAGCUCUUCAACCUACGUUUGGUUUCUCGAACUAUUCUUGGUGUUCUAUCUCAACAACAAUCCCAGGUUUUACCUUGUGGUCAAAUCUGUAAUUCUGUUCGGCUGCUUGGGUUUUAACUUUUACCAAAGAAUUAAGCUGCUUUUGCAGCUUAAUUUGUUCUUGUUAAUAUGAAUUUUGAAGAAAGUAAAAGAAAGGGAAACUCUACGACUAUUCGAAGGAAAUCAAACGAGUAUAUGAGGUUUAUUUUAACAAUCACAGUUGGUAUUCUUUUUGGGUUCUUCAUUGGUGCAUCCUUUCCAGCUUAUUCACCAUCAAAUAUUAAACUCAUUCCUCCUAUUGAUACAUACAUUUGGGACAAAAAUUCAGGCCACUCUACACAAACAAUCUUAAAUGUGAUAUCUGUCACAAGGGAUAAAAUCUCAAAGGGAGCUGAAAACCUUCCUCAUCCUUCAAAGAAAAAUUUGAUGCAGAUUUGGGUGUCAUCUAACCCUAGAGGUGCAGAAAGACUACCUCCAGCUAUUCUUGCUUCUGAAUCAGAUUUAUAUCCUCGCAGAUUAUAUGGUCAACCUAGUGAGGACCUAAAGGGAAAACCGAAGUAUCUUUUAACUUUGACUGUUGGUUAUAAUCAAAGAUAUAACAUCGAUAAAGCAGUAAAAAAGUUUUCUGAUAAUUUUACAAUCCUUCUCUUCCAUUAUGAUGGCCGAACAACAGAAUGGGAUGAAUUUGAAUGGUCAAAGCGUGCUAUUCAUAUUAGUGUAGCAAAGCAAACAAAAUGGUGGUAUGCGAAAAGAUUCCUUCACCCUGACAUUGUCGCGCCAUAUGACUUCAUAUUUAUGUGGGAUGAAGAUCUUGGGGUUGAUCAUUUCAACGCUGAAGAAUACAUUAAGCUUGUGAGGAAGCAUAAAUUAGAGAUAUCACAGCCUGGAUUGGAUUCUAGUAGUAAGGGAUUAACAUGGCAGAUGACCAAAAGACGUGGAGAUCGUGAAGUUCAUAAAGUAACAGAGGAGAAGCCAGGUUGGUGCAGUAACCCGCAUUUGCCUCCAUGUGCAGCAUUUGUAGAAAUUAUGGCUCCGGUUUUCUCUCGAGAAUCUUGGAGAUGUGUGUGGCAUUUAAUCCAGAAUGAUUUGGUUCAUGGAUGGGGUCUUGACUUUGCUCUCCAAAAAUGUGUUGAGCCUGCACAUGAGAAGAUUGGAGUUGUUGAUGCACAAUGGGUAGUUCAUCAAGGUCUACCUUCACUUGGGAAUCAGGGUAAAGGAGAAAAUGGGAAAGCACCAUGGCAAGGGGUGAGGGAAAGAUGUCAACAUGAGUGGAAUUUGUUUCGUGAGCGUGUAUCGAAUGCUGAUAAAGAUUAUUAUAAGUCAAUUGGGGCUGACCCUUUAAAUAUUACGAGACAUUGAUUGGUUACUUUUAUACCACAUUGUUAUCAUUGUGAUUAUUUAGUUGUUAACCUCUAUAGUGAGCUAGAUGUUCAUAGUUUCAUAGCAUAUGAAAUACAUAGAUGUUUGGAAGGAAGUGAGUUUGAUAUGUUACAAGGAAUUAUACUCCCAAUAUAUUUAUACAAAUGGUUUUUUUCAGAGAA